AUGGCACCACUAUUCUAUGAAACCUCCGGUCAAUGGGCCGUUUCCGCAAUUGAUGAUGAAGGAGCAUGGCAUGUGAAUAUCGAGAAAUCAGAAAAACCUGAUGCUUCAUAUGUGGCGGUCUCCAAAGAUGAUCUUGCUAUUACUAAGAAUCACGUCUAUGUUGUGGAUUCUGUGAAGGCUGGCAAAGGCCAGACGAACGCUGUGGACGGUGUGUACUCUAAAGUACUCAAGCCUAUCUUUCAAGAUGUUCUUCAGGUCGACCACGAAUAUUUGCCGACUACAUCUGCUGAAUCAAUCACACAGUUUGCCACUUCCCUCAGACUGGAUAAACCUGUAACUGUCAUUGUCCUAGGAGGAGAUACUUCCGUAAGUGAGUUCGUCAAUGGCCUAGCUAUAAACCCUUCAAAGGGUAAUGUUGAUCUUGCGGUACUUCCAACCGGAACAGGCAACGCAUUGGCACUUUCGCUUGGCGUGAACGAUCUAUACACUGCCCUUCAGAAGCUAUUUACUGCAACUUCCCCAAAACCAUUGAACCUCUAUCUGGCUAGUUUACCUGAGCGAACAAAGAUUCUUUUCAGAGGGAAGGAAGUGGCAGAUGCACCUAAUCAGUUCUACUUCCUCGUUGUCUUUUCUUGGGCGUUCCAUGCUUCUUUGGUAGCGGACAGUGAUACUGAAGAACUUCGCCAGCAUGGCAACGAGAGAUUCAAGAUUGCCGCUCAGAAGAAUCUCGGAAGACCACAGAAGUACGAUGGAUCCGUUCUGAUCGGACUGUCAAAGUACGACGGACCAUUUUCGUAUUUGGUUAUAACGCCAGCGCAGAACUUUGAGCCUGGCUUCACGAUCCUGCCCAAAGGCGACAUUCAUGAAGAGUCACUCUAUGUCGUUGCUGUUGGCUAUGAACAUGAGGAAAACCUCACAGGUAAGUACUUGUACGAUAUUAUGUUAGAGGCCUACGACAAUGGCAAGCACAUUGAAAACCCAAAGGUCACGAAAACAGGCGCUUUUGCGUAG